AAUUUCCCUUGUAGGCUUGUACCAUUCCUGGGUUCUGUAUAACUUCUAUCCUGCGUCCCUUCCCUCGUUCUCCAAGUCUUUGUUCCUUCUUCUCUCUCAUUAUUAUGCUUCCUUGUUGAAGCUCCUCUUCUUUCCUUCUCCUAGGCUCUUCGAGUGGUCGUCCAGAAGGUCAAACCUGAGAGGCUUAUGAUUCGUUCCUUGAUCCCCCCUGUCACAUGGAGGCCUUACCUUCUGCCCCUCUUCUAGACUACAUAUUUCUCAAAACCUCGGGAGUACUUUGAUUCUCUCUGUCCUAGAAAGUAUGUUCGUUUGCUUCUGUCUUACUUUUUGGCAAUGGAAAAGACAGUUGCUGGAUCCGAUAUAAUCAACUUUCUCUCUGCAUAAUUUCUUGGAAGCAAAUUAAAUGGCAAGUCUCAAGCUUGGUGUGGAAGUUGUGGGUGCUCAUGACCUUUUGCCCAAAGAUGGGCAAGGUUCAUGUAGUGCUUAUGUGGAACUUGUCUUUGAUGAUCAGAAAUUUCGAACCACAAUCAAAGAAAAAGAUGUGAAUCCAUAUUGGAAUGAAAAGUUUUAUUUCAACAUCUCUGAUCCAAGUAAACUACCAAGCCUCACUCUUGAAGCCAUUAUCUAUCACUACAACAAAAGCUCAGCUUCCAAACACUUCCUUGGUAAGGUUCGUCUUACUGGAACAUCAUUUGUUCCCUAUUCCGAUGCUGUGGAUUUGCACUAUCCUCUGGAAAAGAAAGGCUUCAUUGGACGCAUAAAAGGAGAGCUCGGUUUGAAAGUCUACGUCGUUGAUGAUCCUUCUGUGCGAUCCUCAAACCCUCUUCCUCCUAUGGAACCCCUUUUCAAUACAGGCCACUCAACUGAGGAUCAAAUUCAAACUCCAGUAUCACUAACAGAUGCAAUCAAGAACACCAUUCCUCAGAAGAAAACUGAGCCAAAGCGCACAUUUCAUAAGCUUCCUAACUCAAAACAAGAUCCUGCUUCCUCACCAGGUUUGCAAUCAAGUGUAAACUAUGCUAUGAAUGAGAUGAAAUCUACGCAGCCUGCUACAAAAGUUGUUCAAGCAUUUGCUAGCGCAUCAUCUCCGGUUGAUUUUGCACUCAAAGAGACUAGUCCAUUUCUUGGAGGAGGACGAGUUGUUGGUGGGAGAGUUAUUCGCGGGAAUAGGCCAGCCAGCACCUAUGAUCUUGUUGAACAGAUGCGUUACCUUUUUGUGCGGGUUGUGAAAGCUCGAGACCUUCCAAUGAAGGAUGUCACCGGCAGCCUUGAUCCAUAUGUGGAGGUGAAGGUUGGAAACUACAAAGGGACCACCAAGCACUUUGAGAAAAACAAAAACCCUGAGUGGAAUGAGGUGUUUGCCUUUGCAGGGGACAAUCUGCAGUCAUCUGUUCUUGAGGUUGUGGUUAAAGACAAGGACAUGGUUCUUGAUGAUCUUGUUGGAACUAUAAGGAUAGAUCUCCAUGAGGUUCCUACACGCGUUCCACCUGACAGUCCACUGGCUCCAGAAUGGUAUCGAAUUGAGAACAAAAAUGGGGAAAGGAAGAAUGGUGAAUUGAUGCUUGCAGUAUGGUAUGGCACACAAGCUGAUGAGGCCUUUGCUGAUGCUUGGCAUUCUGAUGCAAUCUCUCCUGGUGGAAGAUCUUCAGCUGUCUACUCUCAGAUUCGGUCAAAAGUCUAUCAUUCACCAAGAUUAUGGUAUGUUCGGGUAAAGGUGAUUGAAGCACAAGACUUAGUUGUGCCUGAGAAAUCUCGAUUUCCAGAUGCCUAUGUCAAGGCACAGCUAGGUAACCAAAUUUUGAAGACAAAAGCUGUUCAAGCAAGGACCAUGAACCCACGUUGGGAGCAGGAGCUAAUGUUUGUUGCUGCAGAACCCUUUGAAGAACCCUUGAUUCUUUCAGUUGAAGAUCGCGUUGGUUCUAACAAGGAUGAGACCAUUGGCACUGUUGUUAUACCUUUGACCACAGUGGUGAGGCGUGCUGAUGAUCGAUUCGUCCCAAGUAAAUGGCACCACCUUGAAAAAUCUGUCUCAUCUGCUAUGGAGGGUGUGGAGCAGGGAAAAAAGAAGGAAAAAGAUAAGUUCUUCAGCAGACUUCACCUCAAUGUCUAUCUCGAUGGUGGCUACCAUGUGCUUGAUGAAUCAACUUAUUAUAGCAGUGAUCUUCGUCCCACUGCGAAACAGCUCUGGAAGAAGUCAAUUGGGAUCUUAGAGCUUGGGAUUCUAAACAUUGAUGCACUUCAACCUACAAAAACAAGGGAUGGGAAGGGGACCUCUGAUACUUAUUGUGUGGCAAAGUACGGACAAAAAUGGGUCCGAACUAGGACCAUUAUUGAUAGCCUCAAUCCAAGGUACAAUGAGCAAUACACAUGGGAAGUGUAUGAUCCAGCAACAGUUCUCACCGUCGGAGUAUUUGAUAACGCUCAAAUUAAUUCCUCAAAUGGUGGUAACAAAGACUCCAAAAUCGGCAAGGUUCGGGUUCGGAUCUCCACCCUUGAAACGGGUCGAGUUUACACACACACUUACCCUCUGCUAAUGUUGCAACCUUCUGGGGUGAAGAAGACGGGGGAGCUUCACUUGGCAAUAAGAUUUUCCUGUACAUCAAUGAUGAACAUGAUGCAUUUGUAUUUCAAACCCCAUCUGCCUAAGAUGCACUAUGUGAAGCCACUCAAUAUCAUGGAGCAAGAAAAGCUUCGUCACCAAGCCGUCAACAUUGUGGCAGCUCGGCUCAGCCGAGCCGAGCCGCCUCUUAGGAAGGAGGUGGUUGAGUACAUGUCUGAUACAGACUCUCAUAAAUGGAGUAUGAGACGUAGCAAGGCGAAUUUCUACCGUUUGAUGCAAGUUUUCCAUGGAUUACUCUCAGUAGGAAGAUGGAUGUGGGAAGUUUCAAGGUGGAAGAAUCCUGUAAUGACAGUGCUAGUACACAUUCUGUUUAUGAUGCUCGUGUGUUUCCCAGAACUCAUUCUUCCAACAAUCUUUCUCUACAUGUUCGUGAUUGGGAUGUGGAAAUGGAGGUUCAGACCAAGAAACCCUCCUCACAUGAACAUUAGAAUCUCUCAAGCAGAUGUUGUGAUGCCGGAUGAACUUGAUGAGGAAUUUGACACUUUUCCGACCACAAAAAGCUCAGACAUCGUGCGUUAUAGGUAUGAUCGGUUAAGGAGCGUGGCCGGGAGGAUUCAGAGCGUUGUGGGAGACAUAGCUACACAAGGAGAAAGGAUCCAUGCGCUUCUGAGCUGGAGGGAUCCUCGUGCCACGGCCAUAUUCAUGAUACUUUGUCUUGUGGUUGCGUUUGUUUUGUAUGUGAUUCCAUUUCAGAUCAUGGUUCUCUUUGCUGGAUUUUACUUCAUGAGGCACCCCAAGCUCCGGCACAAGAUGCCGUCGGCCCCGGUGAAUUUCUUCCGCCGCUUGCCGGCUUUGACAGAUACGAUGAUGUAAUUAUAGGCUUUGUGUGGCAGUGCUUGUAAAAACCCUUGGAUGAUGUUUAUGGAGUUCAUGGAAGUUGAUACGGAUAAUGUAUACAUCCUGUGCAAAACCGCAAUGUUUUGGCUCAAAAAUGGCUCAAUUUUGGGUUCAAACACAAUGUAAUAAUAGAUUUCCCCCUCUUUUUCCUCGCA